AUGUUCGGUACAAGUAACCAAGGGAUUCUUCUUGAAAAUAGCGAAGAAAAUGACCAAAUCGAUCUUGCUCAAAUACAAGUACAAAGUACUCUUUCUAAAGUACAAGUACAAGUACCAAGUACACUUCCUCAAGUACAAGUACAAGUACCAAGUACUAUUCCUCAAGUACAAGUACAAGUACCAAGUACUAUUCCUCAAGUACAAAUACAAACCCAUGAUACUUUUAUACCAAAAUGUUCAGCUCGUCGAGCUCUACAAACCCUGAAAGUUCGAGGAAUUUUGAAGAAAGUCGAUGUAAACGUGGUACGUUUCCCAUGGAUUCACCCUCACCCAAUAUCUUUCAUUGAUACCCGAAUUGCCAUUGGACUGAAUCAGCAAUUAGCGAAGAAUGACUCCAACACAACAAUAUUACCUUUGAUUGGGUGUGAGAAGAAACGAUUGUAUGUAGAAAUACCAUUCAUCGGUCGACCAGCGGACUUGUUGAAGAAGAGAUUCAGUCAACUGUCUGGUAAAGUUCGUCCUGAUCUCGACAUUCGCUUCUACACAAAACCUCCACCAGCGGUUCAAACAUUCUUCCAAACCAAAGAUCCAAUCGCCAAACACAUGCAGUCAGACGUCGUCUACUCAAUCAGUUGUAUCGAUUGCAAUCAAACAUACAUCGGUAAAACUGAAAGACAAAGUAUACGUCGCCUACGUGAACAUGGAGCACCAAAACAAUCCUUUGAUUCGCGUCCAACUGAACAGGCAUGA